AUGAAUACAACUAUAAAAUAUAUGAUAGACAAAGUUGAUUAUAUUUAUGAACGUUUACGCGCACAAAUUGCAAGCAAAGAAUCAUCAAUAGCUUCUCAAUCAUAUAUAUUUUUUAUUUUUGGUGCAUCUGGUGAUUUAGCUAAAAAGAAAAUCUAUCCAACACUUUGGUGGCUUUAUCGUGAUGGUUUUUUACCAGAGAAUAUUCAUUUUAUUGGUUAUGCUCGUAGUCAGUUGACAAUUGAGAAAAUAUUUGAAAAUUCUCAUACAUAUAUGAAAGUUAAAAAAGAAGAACAUGAUAUGUAUGAAAAAUUUCUCAAACUUAAUUCAUAUGUGUCUGGUUCUUAUGAUAAAUCUGAAGAUUUUGAAAAUUUAAAUUUUCAAACAAAUAAAAUAUCAAAUCAAACAAAUGCUCAUCGAUUUUUUUAUUUAGCUUUACCACCAAGUGUGUAUGAAAAUGUAUCGACAUUAAUUAGUAAACAUUGUCGACCAACAUCACCUAGUUGGUUACGUUUAAUUGUUGAAAAACCAUUUGGUAAAGAUCUUCAAAGUUCAAAUAAAUUAUCUGAACAUUUAAGUAAAUUAUAUACUGAAGAAGAAAUUUAUCGUAUUGAUCAUUAUUUGGGAAAAGAAAUGGUACAAAAUAUUAUGGUACUUCGAUUUUCUAAUCGAAUAUUUUCACGUGUUUGGAAUCGAGAUGCAAUUGCAGCUGUUAAAAUUAUUUUUCAAGAAGAUAUUGGAACACAAGGACGUGGUGGUUAUUUUGAUGAAUUUGGAAUUAUUCGUGAUGUCAUACAAAAUCACUUAAUGCAAAUCUUAUCGAUUGUUGCAAUGGAAAAACCACGUUCAACAACCGGUGAAGAUAUUCGUGAUGAAAAAGUAAAAGUAUUACGUUGUAUACCACCAAUUAAAUUAGAAAAUGUUAUUAUUGGACAAUAUAUUGGUGACAAAGAAUCAACGGAUAGUGAGCGUCAACUAGGCUAUUUAGAUGAUAAAGGUGUAUCAAAAGACUCUACGACACCAACAUAUGCACAAGUUGUUCUUUUUAUAAAAAAUGAACGUUGGGAUGGUAUACCAUUCAUACUUCGUGCAGGAAAAGCAUUAAAUGAAAAAAAAGCUGAAAUUCGUAUUCAAUUUCGUGAUGUACCCGGUACAAUGUUUGAUGAAGAAUUAUCUGAAAAUGGUACUAAAGAAAGUUUAUCUCGUGAUGAACUUGUUAUUCGUAUACAACCCGAUGAAGCUAUUUAUCUUAAAAUAAAUACAAAGCGACCUGGUGAAAUGAGUUUUAACAUUCAAGAAACUGAAUUAGAUUUAACUUAUAAUGAACGAUAUCGAGGUGUAAAAUUACCUGAUGCAUAUGAACGUUUAAUACUUGAUGUAUUUACGGGUUCAAAAAUAAAUUUUGUACGUUCCGAUGAAUUACAAGAAGCAUGGCGUAUUGUUGAUCCAAUACUUGCUGAAAUUGAUAAGAAAAACUUACCAAUUAUUCCAUAUAAAUAUGGUGCUGUUGGAAUACAUGAAGCAUUCGAUGCAGCCAUAAAACAAGGUUUUAUUUAUUCUGGUACAUAUGUACGGAAAGAUGAACGAUCAACAUCAAUAAAUAAUUCAGAACAAAAGUAA